GCGGGGCAUGAAGUUGGGUGCGCGCGGGCCUUGGAGCCGGGGCGCGGCGGAACCCGGAGCCGCCCGCGUCUAGCGCCGGAUCGGUGCGCCAUGGAGCUCGGGGGCCCCAGGGCGCCGCUGCCGCUGCUGCUGCUCCUGCUGCUGGAGACCGGCCUCCUGCCUGUGAGCAGGCCUGCAGAGACCCGGGCCCAUGCGGAGGAGCGGCUCCUGAAGGCACUCUUCUCUGGCUACAACAAGUGGUCCCGCCCGGUGGCCAACAUCUCAGAUGUGGUCCUGGUCCGCUUUGGCCUAUCCAUUGCCCAGCUCAUUGACGUGGAUGAGAAGAACCAGAUGAUGACCACGAACGUGUGGGUGAAGCAGGAGUGGCAUGACUACAAGCUGCGCUGGGACCCCAGGGACUACGAGAACGUCACCUCCAUCCGCAUCCCCUCCGAGCUCAUCUGGAGGCCGGACAUUGUCCUGUACAACAAUGCGGAUGGGGACUUUGCGGUCACCCACCUUACCAAGGCCCACCUGUUCCACGACGGACGGGUGCAGUGGACACCCCCCGCCAUCUACAAGAGCUCCUGCAGCAUCGACGUCACCUUCUUCCCCUUCGACCAGCAGAACUGCACCAUGAAGUUCGGGUCCUGGACCUACGACAAGGCCAAGAUCGACCUGGUGAGCAUGCACAGCCGCGUGGACCAGCUGGACUUCUGGGAGAGCGGGGAGUGGGUCAUCGUGGACGCCGUGGGCACCUACAACACCAGGAAGUACGAGUGCUGCGCCGAGGUGUACCCCGACAUCACCUACGCCUUCGUCAUCCGCCGCCUGCCGCUCUUCUACACCAUCAACCUCAUCAUCCCCUGCCUGCUCAUCUCCUGCCUCACCGUGCUGGUCUUCUACCUGCCCUCCGACUGCGGCGAGAAGGUCACGCUGUGCAUCUCCGUGCUGCUCUCGCUGACCGUCUUCCUGCUGCUCAUCACCGAGAUCAUCCCGUCCACCUCGCUGGUCAUCCCGCUCAUCGGCGAGUACCUGCUCUUCACCAUGAUCUUCGUCACCCUCUCCAUCGUCAUCACCGUCUUCGUGCUCAACGUGCACCACCGCUCACCACGCACACACAGCAUGCCUGCCUGGGUGCGCAGGGUCUUCCUGGAUACUGUGCCCCGCCUUCUCUUCAUGAAGCGGCCAUCUGUGGUCAAGGAUAACUGCCGGCGGCUCAUUGAGUCCAUGCACAAGAUAGCCAAUGCCCCGCGAUUCUGGCCAGAGCCCSAAGGGGAGCCCAGCAUCCUAAGUGGUGUGCACAGCCAGGGACCAUCACCUGCCCUGUCCUUCUGUGUCCCCCUGGACACACCCGAACCCCAGCCUGCCUGCAAGUCACCCUCCAGCCAGGUUCCUGCUCCACAGCCCUUGGAGACCGAGAAGGCCAGCCCACGCCCCUCGCCAGGUCCCUGUCGCCCACUCAACAGCCCUGGGGCCCCAAGUCUCACCAAAGCCAGGUCCUUGAGUGUCCAGCACAUGUCCAGCCCCCACGAAGCAGAAGAGGGUGGCAUCCGGUGCCGGUCUCGGAGCAUCCAAUACUGUGUUCCCCGAGAUGGUGUGGCCUCCCAGGCUGAUGGCCAGAUGGCUGGCUCCCUGUCCUCCUUGAAGGCCCACUCAGCCGAGCUCCCACCUCCAGACCAGCUCUCUCCAUGCAAAUGCACAUGCAAGAAGGAUCCCUCCGUGGUGUCCCCAGUCACUGUGCUCAAGGCCCGCAGCACUGCAGUGCCACCCCAGCACCUGCCCCUGUCACCAGCUCUGACUCGGGCAGUGGAGGGCGUCCAGUACAUUGCUGACCACCUGAAGGCAGAAGACACAGAUUUCUCGGUGAGGGAGGACUGGAAGUACGUGGCCAUGGUCAUCGAUCGCAUCUUCCUUUGGAUGUUCAUCAUCGUCUGCCUGCUGGGCACCGUGGGCCUCUUCCUGCCACCCUGGCUGGCCGGCAUGAUCUAGGGACAGAGCCAGCAAGGC